GGAAAAAAUUGAGCGAGGAAUGAAACAAAAUUGAAUUUUCACAUUUGUCCCCGGAAUGCAAAUCAUGUCCCCGAUAAUACUUUUAGAGUAGUCGUUAUCGUUUCACAAAAUGAGUACAAAUGGUCCCUCGACAAAAUUGAAAUCUCGAUCCUUUACGAUUGUUGAUGCAGAAAUAUCCCAGGCCGAUGGAGGGGGUUCGUUUGCCGCAUUUUUCUCCUCAUCUAGUUUUAAGAAGAUUCAAAGAAGUAUUUCUUGUUUUAGUAAACCUAAGUACUUAGCUCUUCACGCUUUUUAACCGUCAACAUGAUUCGUGUAGAAUCUUUCUCGUGGAUCUGCUUCUUGUAAUACAGUCUUCCUACUCGACUACAUCCGGAAAUUAAGAGUUUUAUUUGCGCGUGUUUUUCUUUGUGUAAUCAGUUGUGAUGCAUGAUGUUUUUGGAAUACUUCACUUAAGAGCUAGUUCGCUAGAGCUUCUAUGUGAUACGGCAACGGCUCCUUUUUAGAUAGUUUAGUUUUCACUAUAACAAGCAGGAAAGGAAGCGAAGCGACCACAUGACAAGGAAAGGAAUAGAAGAAGAGUCAGCUGUGUCAAAAUCCGAAUGCAAAUCCUAGUCAGUUGCCUGGCCUACCAUCUCUCACCGGCACCUUCUGCCUUCUUCAUCGUAGGAAUGAAUUAAUGUGAAUCUUCUUCAUGUUCCUGGUGGGGGCUUCUGCUGAAGAUGUCUUUCUUUUGUUUGUUUCUAUCUAGGGAAUUCCACCCGGCAGAAGAUCGAAAAAACUCGUCGAGAGAACGUUGGCGAGGUGGAGUGACUCUGAUUUCAUAACAAGAAAAUCCCUGUCGUACGCUGAAAAUCCCUCGUAGUCCUAUAAGUAGCUGCAGAGACAUAGUUGUAAAUACCAAGGCACCCCGUGGUGAUGUACCAGAAUCAAAAUCGUGAUCAGAGAAUCUGCUCAAUACCCCGAAUUCUUCAAAUCGCAAGGAAAUUUACUAAAGAGUGCUCUGAUUUUUUAGGGUUCAACACAAUCCAAUGGAGAUUGAUGAUGUGGGCAUUGAAAUCUGGUCAAUCGUUCAGGAGGAAAGGAAUUAUUGCGGCCAUGAGUAGGUAUAGAUGCUUGUUAGUUGAAGAGGAUUUACUAGGUAAUCAAUUAUACUAAGAUUAGAAGCCUCGUCAUGCUCAUGCCUCUGCUUUUUGGUAUAAUUUGGUCACCCACGACGCUAGGAUAUUAUAAAUGUAGUCGAGAUUCAACAUUGAUUCGAAGUUUCUUUUUUGGCUCAUCUUCUGUGGUUAGAAAAUUAUCAGGUGUAAAAUCUCUUGACUAAGAAAGGUUGCAGGUGAUCGUUUAGAAAGUGAGGUCAGCGGAAUUCGAUGGCACAGUUUUGUUUUACGACGAAUGCGACGACCAUUCUGAUUCUAGUAGAAAUUUUAUGUGUGAUAGAUUGGGGAAAAGGUGUAGGAUUCAAUUUAUCUUGUUGAAGCUGUUGUAGAUUUCAGUAAAGUUAUACUUGUUUUUUGUCUUGCUUUGACGUUUAUUUCUGGAAGUUGUUCUAUGUUUAAAUUGAUCAAGCAAGUCAGAGAAGUAGAAGAAAGUAGGUAGGCUCAAUUUAUGAUUGAACCAAGAAGAUGGAUGAAACGAAACCGAAAAUCAAGAGAGCGCACCACAAGAAAAAGAGAGCACCAUCUUCUUCAACGGAAGUUGUAGAGCCACGCGGUUCAUCCUUGCAAGGACCAAGAGUCGCACCAGCGGAAACGACCGCUGUCGGAGCAUCCACUACGAUGCCUGAUGACCAGCCAGAAGGCUUGUCCGGGAAGGGCGCCAAGAAGCCACGCAGCGCGUCUAGUAGCAACGCUGCGCAAAAAGGUGGAACGGGGACAACAUCAAAUAGCACGGCUUCUUCCUCGAAGGGGGCUGAAGGUGGACGUUCCAAAUCCAGUAAAGCAGGCAGUGCUACUAAGUCUAGAAAGCAGGAUCAACAACAAUCACACCAAAAUGGUGGAAGUUGGGGAAAAAGCUCCUCAUCCUCUUCCGUAUGGUGGAACACGACGACGACCACAGGAGGAGGCACACCUACCGGUACAACUACGUCAGGGCCCGCUGCAGCUUCUGCAUUUUCUACUUCUGGUGCUAAGAUAAAAACAAGUAGUUCUAGUCAGACAGGAGGUGAAGCUACGGCUACCUGGGAAGAUCAUCCUGGGAGUGUUGAAAGCUACCCAACAUCGUUAGUUUCGCACGAUCAGCGUGAGCAAAGAAAGGACGACACAACAAUGCAACGCUCCAACAGUGGUGCUGGUAAGGGCCAAGGGCCUAAAGGCGCAAAAGGUAGCUGGUCUUCUUCUUCCUAUAGCAACUACCAAACCUACAACAACUAUGGAAAUCAUGGACCAUCAAACGGCGGCGCCGGAAGCUCCUACGGCUAUUAUGCUCCUGCUCACCGUUCUGGUUAUAGUCAUGCAUCAGCACCAUCGGGUGGCUAUCAUGGGCACCGGUACAGCAAUAGCUCAUCCUGCUACAGCAAUUACUACAGCAAUUAUGGCCCUCCACAUGGUAACAAUUAUCCAGCAUCUAGCGGAUACAACGACGGCUACGGCGCUGGCAAUACCAACACUAGCAGCUAUCACGCGGCUUCAUCUGGUUAUCAAGCAGCAGGUGGCAGUUAUCACAGCAGCUAUUCUUAAGGCAUCAGACAAAAAGUUGAAAUCUAUAAAUCUAGACUAGUACAACCACUAGAGAAGAGUUGUAAAAAUACUUUUUAUAAUUUACAUUUUUGAGUAGAUCUUUGAUCGAGAACAAGGGCUCUUCUUGAGGAAACAACUAUGUAUGGAUCCAAAAUACUGCUUAAGUAAGUGGUACAUCAUGCUGAAAGUUCUCGAAGUUCUUAAUAUUCUUCUAAUUCUGAGGAGCACAUCACUAUCUUCAUGGAGGCGGGAGUGGAGGAUACUACCACACAGGAGCGACGUAUUACCGAAGCAGCAGCUUCGGCGGAUACUGUGGUUACGACUACUUAGCCAUUGUGGACUUUGAGGCGAACUGCAUCCCGAAGAUAGGCCAGGACGGACCAGCGUGGAGUGACCCCAGAUUUCAGAUUCCAGGCUUUGUAAGCGAAAUCAUCGAGUUUCCAACAGUGAUAGUGAGACGUAAGCCGAAAACAAGGAGUAGACAACUAGCUCAAGCAGGUGGCGCACUGGCAGUAGUGGAGAAGGAUAGCAAUAGAAGUACUAGAGAAGAGAAAAACAAGGGAGAAGUCCGCGAGAAUAAAUCUCCUGGUGGUAAUAUGAUAGAAGAAUCAAGAGAAGCGAAGACGCAGGCUACCGAACAAGGUGAGAAGACUGUACCUGUACCUACUCCUGAUGAGAAAAAGGAGGAACACAAAGACAAACAACCAGUUGUGAAAGUGAUUUUGAAUCCAGAACUGGGCAGCUCCAACAUCACGGUGGUCGGACCGCCAACCCGCACGUGCUCUACGACCUCAAAGGAAGAAGAGGAGUUGCUACUGCGUUUUGAUUUGUCAGCCGAGGAUUGGGAAGUGGUCGAUGAAUUUCACUCCUUUGUGCGGCCAGUCCGGUUUCCAAUGUUGACGCCCUUCUGCAAAAGCCUCACAGGAAUCAAGCAGGAACAGGUCGACGCAGCAGAUACCUUUCCCGUUGUUUUCCAGCGCUGGCGAGAAUUCAUAGGUACUUGAACUUGCUUCUACAAUUUAGAAUAUAUAAUAAGAAUAAGUUUCAGAUUUUGAUUUUUCUGACGUUUUUUGAUUGCAGCAAUGUUGCACAAUUGAUCUGUUAGAAACUCCAGACAUUCUUACUGUUUUGAAAACAACAGUCUAGUAAAUGUCUAUCAGAAAUUCAUCCCAAAUCCUAAGAUUCCUAAUUCUCUACAGAAAAAUACUUUCCGGAGGCUGACGCCUUUUCUGAAGAGGACACGAAGGAAGAUACGCAACGCUUACCUAGUACCUGUGGUGGAACUGACGUGGAAGGCGAAAGUAGCACUAAAAAAGCAACUGCCCAGGAUCCCGAGAACACAACCACCACCAGCACAUCAUCUUCCGAGGGUCGUUCUGGGGUCGUGAAGCAGAAAAAAGGGAAACCUGUCUACGCCUAUGUUGAGCAGGACGGAAGUGAGUUUUUUCACGGAACCGGAAGUCGAGUCCGAAUCUUGUCCACAAAUCACAUCCCGGCGCCGACUUGGGGCACAGCAGAGACGCAAAGAGGACCGCACAGUGCCCUUUCCAGUCCGACAGAAGAAGCUAGUACUGGAGGAGCACGAGGAGCGGCUCCGGCUGGCACUAGUAGUUGUAAUAUUCUUAGUAAGAACCGAGACCAAGAAGAGCAAGAGGAGAGUACUACUAAAAAAACAGUAACGUCGGCUUCUGACGGCUCGUCAUCCGAGUCAUCAAAAGAGAUUCCGGCAGCUACUCCAGAAAAAGGCCCCACUGGUGGUGCCGAAACGUGUAUAGAGGGUGAGGAAGACCAAAGUGAGCAGAAAGAACAACUUUCGAAUACAAGUGACGGUGCAACAGGGGGCAAGGACGUCGAUAGUAGACAAGGUGAUAGUAAGGGCGCUGAUGCCGUCGACAACACGGCUACAAGUAAGCGACCGCGUCCACGUGCGGCAGAGCCACUAAGUUCUCCAGGAACAUCACAGCCUGGCAGUGGGCCAACAUCGAGGGCUGCAAUGAGUUCAAAGGCAUCGAGUCCUGGCGAGAACAAGCAAUUUCGAACAGCAAAGGACGUCCGCACACUGUUGAUAACCUGUGGCGAUUGGGAUUUUCGCCAUUGCUUACCAAGGCAGCUGUCCUACUGCGACAUGCAGCGCCGCUCUAUUAGUUGGUGGUUGAAGCACACACCCGUUCGCAAAUGGUGCAAUUUGAAGAAGAUUUUCUUGGACUGUACCGGCAUCGCACUCGGCCACGAGGACAUUCCCGAGAUGCUGCGGCAUUUCCGACUGCAGUUUCAAGGUCGCGAGCACAGCGGGAUUUGCGACUCGCGCAAUCUCUUCCGAGUGUGCAUGGCCAUGGCUAGGCAUUACGGCGAACGGAACGUGUUUCGUGUGACGACCAGCAUGGGCACGGCACCAAUACACCAGGCGCAGCUUGCUGCGGCAUCAGCCAAUGCAUUAGAAAAUAGAAGUACUAGCGGAGGUCCUCAUGGGUCCUUGUCCUCAGGAGCGCACCAUGCACCCAACAGCUCCGGCGCACCGAUGCCACCAACACCUGCUGUGGCGAUGAGGGGCCCAGGUCUUAACUUACUGGCGGACAUGGAAGCCGGUAUGGUGCUCGGAGGCACAUCAGCAGGAGCAGCAGGAGUGGUCCCUUCGACUUCAUCAACAUCAUUGUCAAACACAACGACAGGAGGCGGCGCAGCAGAAAAUACGACUGUAGAUGGGGGAGAACGGGACAUACCUUCAGGAGGAAUAAACACUGUUGGCAGCGGCCAUCUCAAUUCAUCUACGGGAGGAGAUGGCAAGAGCAAGAGCAAGACGAGUCCGUCGUCGGAAGUGGUUCCAUCAGGAUCACAAAAAUUGAGCGGAGCUGCGAGAAGGAACGGCGCGCAGCUCAGCAUUGAUUGCAAUUUUGAGGGACGCCAUCAACAGCAGCCGUCGAAGCGCCAGAAGUCGCGAGCGAAGAGCAAAGAAACGGCCACAGGAUCGAACAUGAGCGUUGCCGUUCAGACAGAAGAACAAGACUUGGAGGGGCCAAACGGAUGGAAAGGGCUCCUGCCAAGCCCAGCGGGUUCUAGUAGUGGUAAUAUGCUGAACACGCGGAAAAAUUCCUCUGCAACUUCGUCGGCGAAAAAGGCGCAUAACCAGAAUAGAGGCCGCUGCGGGUCAACAGCAACCUCAAGAAAGAGCUCAUUCACAUACUUGCAGCGCACAAGCUGGAGCCGGGAGAGCUCAUCUCAAAAGGCCUGUAGUCCCGCAGACGAAAACGAAAAUUCGAAAAAACAACAUGCAGUAUCGAGACAGCGCAACAGCAAAGGCGAAGUAGACUGGAGCUCCACACGAACCAAGUCUAAGGACAGUUUCAAAAGUAGAGCAUCGAGCUCUUUUGCAAAAAGAAACGAACAGGAGGUGGAGUUAGUUAAAGGUGAAGAAAAAUGUCGGGGCGGGAAAGGCACAGAUGAAGAGCAAGAUGCACAGAAUCUCGAUCAUCACGAAGAAUUAGAAGAGGAUGGGGAUGAGGAGGAGAUGCCGCAGCACAGUUCUGUCGAGGAGGUGUUUUCAUCGACAGAAGAAGACCUGCAGCAGGGUCGUGUAGCUGUGGAAGCCCUGGUGUCUCCCUCCGACAUAGAGGCCUACGUUUGGCGGGCAGCGUCGUCUAUCCCAGGCGCCGCAGCACCUCACGGCUCCUCCUCCUGCAGCUCCUCAUCCUCUUGCAGUAGUGCUACGAAUCGUACCGGUCGCCGCGCAGCGUCCUCGCCUUUGGUGCCACCACCUCCGCCAGCACCGGUUCUAGACGCGGACGGGACGUCGAUAAGAGGCGUGGUGACUGCCACGUUACAGCCCUGUUCAUUGCAUGUUCAACUUCCUCCACAGCCCUUAAUCUGGCAAAGCGCUGACAUGUCCGGGUUCUUUUUCGACCACGGGGGCAUCGCGGGAACCACAGCAGCACAGCGUCACCAACAGGGAGCAAACGCAAAUGCCCUGAUGCAAGUCCUUGGUGGCGAUCGGAGCCGCUCGUCCACGAUGGAGAACAUUAUCAUCGGGGGGCUUCACGACCCAACGAGUUCUUCCUCUGGUCACCUCCACCAACAGCUUGUGGCCGCGACUUCUAGUUCUUUGACGACGGCGCUCGCUCUGCGGCCGGUUCUUAUGGGCGGCACAACAUAUUAUCCGGUUCCGAGUGGUCCGACCACUACCUCCUCCGCCAAUACAUCAUUCUUGUUGCCAGGAGUUGCUGGAGUGCCUGUGCCAAUGCCACUGCCCCUAGCUGCAACCCAGCAUCACCUUUCCGCUUCCUCUGCUCCCACAACACCGGUAGACGCGACUUCAAACUCAUCGUGGACGAGUCUGGAACCCAAUACAGUGCUGUGGACCGGAUCGACCGAGACUCCUGUGGUGCCUGGUUUUGCGGCUCCUUCGGGCGAAGUUAUAGCGCCGCAGGUUUUUGCAAAGAAGGAAGCAGUCCGUCUUCCAACAACUGCUGUCCUGGCCCCGACUAGCUGA